AUGUACGCCAAAGGCAAGAGUAGCAACGUGCCGUCCGACAGCCAAGCCAGAGAAAAGUUAGCGCUGUAUGUGUACGAGUACCUGCUGCAUGUAGGAGCUCAGAAGUCAGCACAGACCUUCCUCUCCGAGAUCCGAUGGGAGAAGAAUAUCACGUUAGGGGAACCUCCAGGGUUUCUCCACUCUUGGUGGUGUGUUUUCUGGGACCUUUACUGUGCAGCCCCAGAAAGAAGAGACACAUGUGAUCAUUCCAGUGAGGCCAAAGCCUUCCAUGACUAUAGUGCGGCAGCAGCUCCUAGCCCCGUCCUUGGUAACCUCCCCCCAGGAGAUGGAAUGCCCGUGGGUCCGGUCCCGCCAGGAUUUUUUCAGCCUUUUAUGUCCCCUCGAUACCCGGGAGGACCCAGACCGCCCCUCAGAUUACCCAAUCAGGGGCUUGCUGGUGUGCCAGGAAGUCAGCCCAUGUUACCCAGUGGCAUGGACCCCACAAGACAACAAGGACAUCCAAGUAUGGGCGGGCCAAUGCAGCGCAUGACGGCGCCAAGGGGUAUGGUGCCACUCGGGCCCCAGAGCUAUGGAGGAGGGAUGAGACCACCACUGAAUGCACUAGUUGGGCCUGGAAUGCCUGGCAUCAAUAUGGGGCCAGGAGGUGGAAGACCCUGGCCAAAUCCUCCAAAUUCAAACUCUACUCCUUAUUCUUCUGCAUCUCCAGGAAGUUAUGUGGGACCUCCAGGAGGAGGGGGACCACCUGGCACCCCAAUCAUGCCAAGUCCAGCAGAUUCAACUAACUCUGGUGACAACAUGUACACAAUGAUCAGCACAGGGGCCCCAGGUGGAAGUCGACCAAAUUUCCCCAUGGGUGCAGGAGGUGACGGCCCAUUAGGGGGAAUGGCUGGAAUGGAGCCUCAUCACAUGAAUGGAUCAUUAGGGUCUGGAGACAUGGACAGUCUCCCAAAGAACUCGCCGGGUAAUCUGAGUAUGAGCAACCAGCCAGGCACCCCCAGAGAGGAUGGAGAGAUGGCUGGAAACUUCCUCAACCCUUUUCAGAGUGAAAGUUAUUCUCCAAACAUGACCAUGAGCGUGUGA